AACAAUUAAGAAACUACUCAUUUGGCGCCAACAGCCUAGCCUACCGCUACACUCCCCAAACUCUCAAAAUUCCCAAAUCAAUCGCUCAAAAAUGCCCCUUUCCCACUCCUAAACCCCCAUGCCACCACGCAAAGCACCGCAAAUGUUCUCUCAAUCCUCCAGCAGUACCACUGCUGCCGCCAAAGCCCUAACCCUAGAUUCGACCCAACUCUAUCUCACCGCGCUAAACUCUCCUCAUCCCAACCUCUCUUUCUCCCCAAUUCCCUCCUCUUUCCCUCCCUCCAAACUCAUCCCCAAAACCCGUUUCCUCAUCGACUCCUUCCGCUACCCCACCAUCAGCUUCUCCGCCGCUUACUUCCUCUCCCACUUCCACUCCGAUCACUACUCCGGCCUCUCCCCUUCCUGGUCCAAAGGCAUCAUCUUUUGUUCCCACACCACUUCCCUCCUCCUCAUCCAAAUCCUUAAAAUCCCGCCUCAUUUCAUCUUCCCCUUAGCUUUAAAUGACCCAGUUGUAGUAGAUGGCUGUGAGGUCAUUCUCAUUGACGCCAAUCAUUGCCCCGGGGCAGUGCAGUUCUUAUUCAAAGUUCCCACUAAAAACGGGAGCUUUGAAAGGUAUGUUCACACGGGUGAUUGUCGUUAUUGUAAUUCGAUGAAGAUGAAUAGUUAUUUGAAUGGAUUUGUUGGUUGUGAUGCGAUUUUUUUAGAUACUACUUAUUGUGAUCCGAAAUUCGUGUUUCCUUCUCAAGAAGAAUCGGUCGAUUAUGUAGUUAGUGUGGUAGAUAGGAUAGGAAAAGAAUUUGAGAAAGAGAGGGUUUUGUUUCUUGUUGCUACUUAUGUUGUUGGGAAAGAGAAGAUUUUGGUUGAGGUUGCACGGAGAUGUAAGAGGAAGAUAUGUGUGGAUGGGAGGAAAAUGGAGAUUUUGCGUGUUUUGGGGUAUGGGGAUAAUGGAGUUUUUACAGAAGAUGAGAGUGAGAGUGAUGUUCAUGUCGUUGGUUGGAAUGUGUUAGGUGAGACUUGGCCGUAUUUUCGGCCGAAUUUUGCAAGAAUGAAGGAGAUUAUGGUGGAAAAAGGGUAUGAGAAGGUUAUUGGUUUUGUGCCAACCGGGUGGACUUAUGAAGUCAAACGGAAUAAAUUUGCAGUGAGGUCUAAGGAUACAUUUGAGAUACAUCUAGUCCCAUAUAGCGAGCAUUCUAAUUAUGAUGAGCUUAGAGAAUAUGUGAAGUUUUUGAAACCAAAGAAGGUUAUUCCUACUGUUGGCAUGGACAUCGAGAAGCUUGACAGUAAGCAUGCUGAUAAACUGAGAAAGCACUUUGCUGGGUUGGUUGAUGAAAUGGCCAAUAAGAAGGACUUCCUGAUGGGUUUUCAUCGUGGCAAUUGUGAAAGUGUAGAAAAAAUUGAAGUGGAUGCUAGUGCAGGCUUGAAUGAGGAAAAGGACAUGGAGAGAAAGCGAAAUGUAUCAGAAAUGAAAACAGAUGAGAGUAAUGAUAUAGAUACUACUUUGAAUGAUUCAUCUUCUGUGCACAAACCUGAUUCACAUGAUUCAACUAUGCCAAGUGAGGAGGAAAGAGAGAGAAUCAUUGAGGAAUUUUGGGAAUGUUUGCCCAAAUGGGUCACCAGGGACCAGAUAUUAGAUUUGAUUAGCAGCUCAGGAUGGAAUAUUGUUGAAGCUGUUUCUAAUUUCUAUGAACGCGAAAUUGAGUUAUACGAGCAAGUCUCUGCUUUUGGAACUUCUGAUUCCACAUCCCUGGCCAGGUCACCUAACAAAUCUGUGUCACUUUUAAAUUCAGGACCUUUUAGAAGUAGCAAACGUGAAAGUGUAAGCAUUCGUUUAAGUGAAGCCAGCAAGUCUCCUAGUUUGAAACUUUCAGUUCAGAGUAGCAUAUCUCCUGGCAAAAGGAAGAAAAACACUGAGAAUAAGUUGAAUAAGAAAUUAAAAAGCAAUUCAAAAUUGGAAUCUAGUGGGUCAAAGCAACCUACAAUAACAAGCUUCUUCAGUAAACUUUUGGCUGAUGACUCUGAAGGUGGUAGGACUUGUCAAAAAAAUGAGGAAUGCCCUAAAGGUGAAAGCACCUUACCUAGUAAUUUGACUAAAUCAUAUUUAGAGAAAAUAGAUCAGUUUAUUCAGAUAAUAAAUGCCAAGGAAUCAUCAAGAAAUUAUGUGGCCACCUUACUUGAGAAAACCCAAGGAGAUAUCAACAAGGCACUGGAUUUAUAUUAUAGUAAUCCUGAGGUGAACCAUGGUGAGAAUACAGAAAAUUUGGUACUCUCUAGCAAAUCAGUUCAGGUCCAGAGCUGUAAUAAUGAUUGCUCUGUUAGCAAAAACAAGCCUGUUCCAGAGGAGUCAAGAUGUAUGGCAGAGUCAUCUUUGCAAAGACAACCUGUGGAAAAUGUUGACACAACUCUUGUAUCAUUGCCGCCUGAUAAAUAUAAACCUAUAGAGCAUGCAUGCUGGAGAUGUGGUCAGCCUGCUCCAUAUGUCCAUCUUGCACGGACUUUUGACCUGGUUGGAGGCCAAAAGGGCAAGAUCAAAGCUACUUCUAUGCUUUGCAACAUGUUUAGAAGUUUGCUGGCCUUGUCCCCAGAGGAUGUGCUUCCUGCUGUGUAUCUGUGCACCAACAAAAUUGCUGCUGACCAUGAAAAUAUUGAAUUAAAUCUUGGCGGAAGCUUGGUUACAUCUGCACUGGAAGAAGCUUGUGGGACUAGCAGGUCAAAAAUAAGGGAUAUGUAUAAUGAUAUGGGUGAUCUUGGUGAUGUUGCACAAGCAUGCCGGCAAACUCAAACUUUACUUGCUCCUCCACCACCACUAUUGAUUAGGGAUGUAUUGUCUGUGCUCCGGAAGAUAAGUUUACAAACAGGCAGUGGCAGUACCAUCCGGAAGAAAAACCUUAUUGUGAAUCUUAUGCGAUCAUGUAGAGAGAAGGAGAUGAAGUUUCUGGUGAGAACUUUGGUCAGGAAUUUGCGAAUUGGAGCAAUGAUGAAAACAAUUCUGCCUGCGUUGGCUCAAGCAGUUGUCAUGACUUCCUCUCCUAAUCUUUAUCAUGAAGCAACAGUAGAUAGUCUAAAAGAGAAGCUUCAGGACCUUUCUGCAGCAGUAAUAGAAGCAUAUAAUGUACUUCCGAAUUUGGAUUUGGUUGUUCCUUCGCUAAUGAAGGAAGGGGUUGCAUUUUCAUCUUCAAUCUUGUCGAUGGUUCCGGGAAUACCUAUUAAACCCAUGCUAGCAAAAAUUACUAAUGGGGUUCAAGAAGUACUGAAGCUUUUUCAAAACAAAGCUUUUACAUGUGAAUAUAAGUAUGACGGUCAGCGUGCCCAAAUUCACAAAUUGGCUGAUGGAAUAGUGCGUGUCUUUUCACGAAAUGGGGAUGAAACAACAGUAAGAUUUCCUGAUUUAAUUAAUAUAAUUAAGGAGUCUUGUAAGCCUGCUGCCCAGACUUUCAUAUUGGAUGCUGAGGUUGUUGCAAUAGAUAGGAAGAAUGGUCACAAGCUCAUGUCCUUCCAAGAAUUAUCUUCAAGAGGAAGAGGGAGCAAAGAUUCUUUGGUCACAGUGGACAAAAUAAAGGUUGACAUUUGCGUAUUUGUGUUUGACAUCAUGUUUGCUAAUGGAGAGCAGCUGUUAGGUUUUCCUCUACGCCAAAGAAGGAAAUGUUUGAAGGAUUUGUUUCUCAAUGAGAAGCUGGGUCAUUUUGAAUAUGCCAAAGAAAUUACAGUGGAAGCAAAUGAUGCUUGUUUAACCAGUGAGGCCACAUUGACUAGGAUGAACUCUUUCCUUGAACAUGCAUUGCAGUGUUCAUGUGAAGGAAUUAUGGUUAAAUCCUUAGAUACUGAUGCUGGAUACCUUCCGUCAAAGCGUGGUGACACAUGGUUAAAGGUGAAGCGAGACUAUGUGGAAGGAUUAGGUGACUCCCUUGAUUUAGUCCCAAUUGGUGCUUGGCAUGGUAAUGGGAGAAAAGCAGGAUGGUACAGCCCAUUCCUCAUGGCAUGUUACAACCCAGACACUGAAGAUUAUCAAAGUGUAUGCCGUGUUAUGUCUGGGUUCUCUGAUUCAUUUUACAAAGAGAUGAAAGAAUUCUUUUCUGGCGAUAGGAUCUUAGCCAAAAAGCCAGCUUACUAUCAGACAUCUGAGGUGCCUGAUAUGUGGUUCUCUCCAGAACUUGUUUGGGAAAUAAAAGGUGCAGACUUCACUGUGUCACCAGUUCAUCAGGCUGCUAUAGGUUUAGUUCAUCCCUCCCGUGGCAUCUCAAUAAGAUUCCCAAGGUUCAUUUGCUGUGUGUCAGAUAGAAAUCCUGAGGAAUGUAGCACGGCAGCAGAUAUAGCUGAUAUGUUUCAUUCUCAGACUCGAAAAAUGGAUGUGACUGUUGAGCACUGAACACUGUUUUAUUGUUUCUGUACAGAAUUUGUUUUCCUAGUUGUUGUAUUCGCCGGUAUCAGAGAGUAUUUCAAACAAGUAACAAACACUCUUUGAUAGUUGUUGUACAGAGGUAGGGUUGUUGAAUUUGGGUGUGCAGGAAAUGAUGUUUUGGACAGUGAAACCCUAUCUAAUACUUCCUUGUGGCCUUGCAAAGAUGAAAGUUGUUAACCCUUUUUAGUGGUUUUUUCCCCUUUAUCUCAGGGAAUCAGCCUGAAGUGUUCAUGGGAACAUGUCAACAGUUAGAGGUUUGAGACUUCAUCUUGGAGGUUUUUAUGUUUUGAAACAGGAGGGAUAAGAAUAGGUUUAUCCCUCCAUAUGCAAUUCAUAUUGCAUGUACCAAAUAAGAAAAGUUUAAAUUAUAUUAAAAUGAUCAUAAAAAUGAGUUUUUAAGCAUUUAUUAAAAACAUAUCACAUUAAAUACCAAAUAUGUAUUAUCACAUCAUGAUUAUUUAAAAGCUUGUGAUGAGUAUUAUACGCUUAUCAACAUCCAAUCAAUCCUC